CAAACAAUUCUCUUUCCCUCAAAAUGAACCGCAAAACAAAUAUGAAACAAGUCGGAGAAGAUGAAUAUUUGUGCCUCAGUUUCAACAAUUUUGGACUUUUAUCGGAUAUCGCUGCAAAAAUCUCCGAUGAAUUUCAGGCGGAGGAGAAAGAUAGCUUGAACGGCGGCGAAGAAGAUUUCGAAUUCUCUUUAGUCUCUGAGAAACCGGAUAACUCAAUCGCGGAAUUCAUCUAUGACGGUCAGACUAAAUUCCAGCAGCCAAUUUUCCCUCUUUUCAACUGCGAUCUAUUGCUAAGCGAUUCGGAUUUGAAGGAUGUUGAUAAAUCAAUUUUGAUUCCGUUGAAGAAGUUGUUUCUAGAAAAAAGUGAAUCAUCGGCAUCAUCGGAGGCAGAGGAAUUGGAGACGAUACCUGCCGGGACUUACUGUAUGUGGAAGCCGAAGAUAAGUGAGCCAUCACCAGGAAAAUGCAAGAAGAGUAAAUCAACAGGAUUUGUAUCGAAGCGAUGGCCAAGGAUCCGAGAUCUGUUACGGAGGAGUAAUAGUGAAGGGAAGGAAGAGGACAGUUUUGUAUUUCUCAAACCAAAAAAGACAAUAGAAAACGAAUCAGCAAAAACAAAAAAUUCCAGUGAGGUGGUGAAGACGGCCGGAAAAUUUAAGCAGACGAAAACUAGCACUAGCGGAGGAGAAAAGGUUUUACCGCCGCCGCCGCCGGCGUCUCAGCAGGCAGUGUAUUAUGUACGAAAUAGAGCGGAUAAAGAAGCUGAUAAGAAUAAGAGAAAAUCAUAUUUACCUUAUAGGAAAGAGCUUAUAGGAUUUUUUGCUAUUGGUUUGAGUAGAAGUUAUCGUCCAUUCUAACAACAUGCAAAUGCUUUUAGCAUAGAUUGUUAGAGUUUUUUUUUUUCCAUUAAAAAGAUUUUGACAACUCCUCUCUA